AUGUAUUACGAUAAAGAGCAAUAUGAUAACUCAGUCGUGCAUGAUGUGAAACCAUAUGUCAUUGAUGAUUUUCACCUAGCAAAGCAGCACAGCAGUGGUUGCGUAGCGCACGAUGCAACAAAGCAGUCAUUGGCGAGUAACCCGCAAAGAUUGACGGAAACUCCCGUAAAUAUUUGUCAGCAAAGCAGUAAGAGUGAGCGAUGGGAGCAACAGGAAGAAGCGACUAAACCUUCAAUAUUUUCCCAAAAGAAUAGCAGUGGUCAGGUGGUCAAUCAAAAUGCAAUAUUCAAAUCAGAUAUUGAAAAUAUUCCUGUGGUUCCGCCUACAUCUAUUUCAGUUGCUUUAACUGAUAAGUUCGUCGAAGUUGUUGAAACAGUUGAAGCGGAAAGAAAGAAAGCCAACGCCCAGUCUGAAAAUCACGUACCUUUCAUUGUUGUCACGUUACUACGACAAUCACCGCAUAUGGUUCUGAAAGGGGAUUUGACCGAAGUAGAAAUUAUUCAUCUUCCGAAUAUUCCUGGUGUUGGAUUAGGUUUCGGUAUUGUGGGUGGCACCUCGACUGGUGUGGUCGUGAAAACGAUUUUGCCAGGAAGUACUGCUGACAAGGAUAAACGUUUACGUCCAGGUGAUCAUAUUUUGCGUAUUCGUGGUAUUAGUGUGUAUGGGAUGAGCUCACAGCAAGUAGCAACUUUACUCAGGCAACAAUAUACUAUGAUUGAAAUAGUAGUUGGUAGACCAGCAUUUACUUCAAAUCAGUCAACAAACGACACAGCAUGUAAGCUCAAUUCUCAACUGAUUUUGACCAAUGAUAUCAUGAAUUUGAAAAACGGUUCUGUCAACAAAAAUUGA